AUGUCAGUGUUCAUGACAAAUACCUCUCCCGAGAGGCCAUCUGUAGAUGGACCCCUCCUUUCCGCGUUGAUGCUUGGCCAAAACGACAAAUCCGCGGCAGCUGAUAAAGCUAUCACUGAUACUUCGGAUACUGGAAAUUUUGCCCUUGAGCCGGCCUCGGCUGGAAGUGAUGUUGAAGAAGCGAAAGAUAUUGAUUCAUCAUCUCUCCACGGUGAGGAUGGACCACUUCUAUUCGCAUUGCUACUCAACAAUCAGAACAACAACAACAACAAAAACAUUAUAGGCGAAACAGGUGAUCCUGUUUCUGACACCUUGAAUCCUACGCAUAUUGCUCUUGAGCUAAAGCCCCCUAUGGAGGGUGAUACCAAGGAAAUCGAUAACCAGUCGGUCAAUGGCGAGGAUGGACCACUCCUUUUCGCAUUAAUGCUUACCAACCAGAACAACAACCAGAAGCAUUUGAAAGGUUCAGGAGAAAAAGGGCAUCCUGUUUCUGAUACCCUAAGUCCUACGAGUAUCGCUCUCGAGCUGAAGUACCCUGAUAAUAUGAAAGGCCACUCAGUAUCUCUCAAUGGUAAUCAUCGCUCGGAAGAUGCUAUUACGGAGGCCAUUCCCGAUGUCUUGGAGAUGAAAACUCAACUACUAGAAUUACACUCCCCCGAAGCAAUCACCGAAGCCAUUCCUGAUGUUCUAGAGAUGAAAACACAACUACUAGAACUACACUCUCCUGAAAACACCAUCACCAACGGCAUCCCGGUAAUUCUAAAAUUAAACUCCCAAGCACAAGCCACCCAAAUAAAAGCCCUACUUCAAGGCCAAUCCAUCCCCGUAGCCAUAUCCACCAAAAACACCUUUGAAAAGGGCACUCAAAAAUCAUCUUAUGGAGCUCCAAUCAUCGGUUCCAUAAUGCAAUCCGGGACAAAAGUCAGUGUCGACGAAUCUAAAAAAGGUCGUUUGAGCGAGGAGCAAUUACAAUUCUGGAAAGACAACGGGUAUUUGGUAAUUCCAAAUGCAUUGCCCAAAGAGCAAAAAGAUCUCUUACUUAAAACUGUGCAUGAGGCUGCUGAAGCCCUUGCUAGCGGUGACGAACGAGUAGAGAAACAUUCGUAUCUGCCUGGACAGAAAUCCUACGUUCAUCCAUGCGGUCGAGCUAUUGCUACUUUAAGCGAUUAUGCAUUCAAACCCUCCGUCGAACCUCUCAAACGCAUCCAACGUAUCGGCUGCGGUAUCCACCGCGUCAUGCCUCCCUUCCGCAAAACAAUCCUAAGUCCCUUCCACUCUACGCUCGCCAAAUCCCUCGGCUACAAAGAUCCCCGCAUCAUCCAAAGUCUGAUUAUCGUCAAAGCCGGGGAAAUAGGAGCACGCGUCGUACCUCAUCAAGACGGCUGUUCCGGCUUCACAAAUCCCUCUUCAAGCACGACAUUCUGGUACGCGCUAGAAGAUUGCUCGGUAGAAAAUGGAUGUUUGGCUGUUGCGCCGGGAAGUCAUCGUGUACAGCCCAUUACGAGACGUUGUAAGAAUGUAGAUGGGAAGCCGGAAUUUGUGGAUUUGGAAUACCCGGUUUAUGUACAUGUUGAGGGGGUGAAGGAUGAGAGUUUGCCGAGGAGGAAUGAGGCUGGGGAGUUGGUGUAUGAGAAGUUGGAGGUGGAGGCUGGGACGUUGAUUUUGAUGCAUGGGAAUCUUAUGCAUACGAGUGAGGCGAAUAAAAGUACUAAGAGUCGUGUUGCGUUUAAUUUUGGGGUGGUGGAGGGUGAACUUGAGUGGUUGAAGGAUAAUUAUUUGCAGCCUUAUGAAGGAGCGACGGAGUUUGAGAAAUUGUGA